AUGACCGACGAUGACGCCACCCGUGUCGCCGUUGCCGCUCGCGAACGCUUGGCCGCCGCAGCCCGCGGCCAUGAGGAGACCGCCGCCCGAGUCCGUGACGAGGCCGACGCCCGCACCCACGAGGAGGCUGCCGCCCAUGAUGAUGAUGUCGCCCGGGCACUGGUCCUCCACGAAGCCACCGCCAUAGCCAAUAUUCAUGCCCAGGCGGUCGCCGUCCAGAAUACUCAUGCGCUGGUGCCCAUCGUCCUUGACCUCGGCUCAUCAAACUACAACAAAUGGCGCGGCUGGUUCCUCAUCACGUUGGGCAAGUACUCGCUGACUUGCCACGUCCUCUUCGACGUCGUCCACCCCGACUCCGCUGACUGGUGUCGCAUGGAUUGCGUCGUCCUCGAGUGGCUAUACGGCACAAUCACCCCCAACCUCUACAAGAUCGUAAUGGAGAACGGCGUCACCGCUUGCACUGUCUGGCAAGCGCUCGAGGGGCAAUUCAUCGGCAACCGGGAGACGUGCGCGCUGCACCUCGACGCCAAGUUCCGUGCCUUUGUCCAGGGCGACCUCACCAUCUCGGACAACUGCUGCCGCCUGAAGAGCAUGGCCGACGCUCUAGGCGCCCUCGGCGAGCCUGUCCUUGACCGCACUCUUGUCCUCACCGUCUUGCACGGGUUGAACGAGAAGUUCGUAUACAUGUCGGCUCUCCUCAAGCGACAGUGGCCAUUCCCGACGUUCCUCGAUGUUUGUUCUGACCUCCUUAUGAAGAAACUCAAGAUGGCGUCGCACCCUUCUCAGCAAUCAACGACUGUCCUCCUCGCCACCACCCCAUCUGGCCCAAAAGGGGGCGCUCAUCCCACUCGCGGCCAAGCUACCGCCUCGGGCGACUGCUCCACAGUGCCUCCUGCCGUGACGCAUGAUGGCAUUGGCUCCUACGGCAGGUCAAGUAGCGCCAAUCGUCGAUGA